AUUUAAGCCACACCAGGGGGAUGAUAGGCACUGUCCGUGAGUCCGUGCUGUGAACGAACGCAACAACAUGAAGUGCCUGAUGAUCCUUGCCCUCGCCGCCGCGGUUCACGCGCAGUCCUUCCUCCCCCAGGACUCUCCAGACGUGGCUGCUGCUAAGGCCGCUCACUUCGCCGAGUAUGCCAAAGCCGCCGCGCUGGUAGGAGCUCCUCUGCAGGAAGUCUACAGGACGGCUGUGUCUUCUCCAUUUGCUUCCUUUGCCCUACCGACUGUCACCCCCCAGGGCUUCCUCGUCGACACCCCCGAGGUCGCUGCUGCUAAAGUCGCCCAUUUCGCCGAGGUAGCCCGAGCCACUGCUGCCGCGGCCCCCGCUAUCACUCGCUUCAACGAUGACCCCAACGCUGAGUACUACCGCAAGUACUACGAAAACUACUACCGCACCCACGCUCAGCAACCUCACCAAACCCAGCAUGUGUACACAGGCCCCCAGGCUGUGCCUACUGUGCUGCCCAGUGGAUACCUCGCUGACACCCCUGAGGUCGCACACGCCAGAGCCACUCAUCUUUACAGACUCUACCAGGAGUCUACCCGACAGUGAAGUGCAGUGGUAGUUGGUUAUGAAACACUCUAAUACCAGUGACACUUACAUAAUACCGCACCUAACUU